GUUUGUUUUGCUUCUAAAUUUAAAAAAAAAUGAACAGAAAAAUGCUAUUAUCGAUCCAAUAUGUCUGCCUUAUGAAAACCCCAUCCAGCUGGGGGCGACAGCGUGCGCGCUCGCACGCACAAAUUUGACCUUCCUGGGUUGCCUUACAACAGACACUAGCAAGUCCCGCGGUGGCUCAACCGGACAACUUACACUUUACAGUUACAGUUUUCGGUUAGACAGCUGUGCUGCAGCAAUAUAUUUAGGUUUAUGCAUCAGUCGGGUCCUGCAGGGCUCUCAGGCCUGUGCCGAGUCACCGACCAUCUCUACCUGAGUAACGGCAGAGCGGCCAAUGAUCCCUCCCAGGUGACCCGGUGCCAGAUAACCUGCAUCGUGAACGUUACUGAGACCAAAAGCAGCUGCCCUCCUCCCCCCGGGGUGGAGGAGUACAUCCACAUCCCCGUCUCUGACUCCCCGGUGUCUCCUCUCCGGGAUCACUUCGACCAGGUUGCAGAUAAAGUCCAGCUCACGGCGGAGCGCGGUGGCCGCACGCUGGUGCACUGCAACGCCGGGGUGAGCCGCUCCGCCGCCCUGUGCAUGGCCUACCUGCUGAAGCACCGCGGUGUGACUCUGCUGGAGGCCCACAGGUGGGUGAAGACCUGUAGACCCAUGGUGAGGCCCAAUAACGGCUUCUGGAAGCAGCUCAUCCGCUAUGAGAUGGAGCUUCAGGGGUGCAACUCUGUCCGAAUGGUUCCCUCCUCCAUGGGACAGAUACCAAACAUUUAUGAGGAGGAGGCCAAGAAUAUGAUGCCACUGUGAGGAAGUCACUGCACUGCUUUAAAGGGAUGUAUGGGCAUUUACUGUGUGGGACAUACAGUGAUAACAUGCUGCAGGCUUCAUGUGCUUCUAGUUUCAGAGAAAGGCUUUCGACAUAAAAAUCAGCCUAUGAAACAAAAGGCAUUGUGAAACAUUAAACCAGUGGGGUUUUUUUUAGCUUGUGGCCCCUUAGAGAAACAGCAGUGUCCAGUUCCACAUUUCUGUGGCUCUUGGCUCCUAUGAGUUCAGUUUUUUCUGUUCUAGGUAUCUCAGAUGGUUUCAGAGAGGUACAAUUAUACAAUAUUUCGCAAUGAAGCACAGAGCAGAGCUUUUUAUAAUAAAUGCGUACUUAUUCUUUUUUCCAACCUUAAUUAUCUCACAACAAUGGAUGGGAUGAUAUGAUAUCGAAUGUAUCGCAAUAAAACACUUUUUAAAAUAAUAAUUGUGACUUGAAAAAGCUGUCUAGCUCGCUAAUGCACAGUCCUAUAUUGAUUUCCUGAUUGAUUUUGAAUUGCCACAAGGGUGAGCCCAAUCUUUCCAGUCAUAUAUAAUAAGCCAUAUUUUUCUGCAUAAUGAGUACUUUUACUUUAUACAUUUAGGGUUCAUUCUGCUGAUACUACUUUGUAGAAUUCUGAAUGCAGGACUUUUUGGUACUUUAAGUAAAGAAUCUGAGUAUCUUACCUCUACCAGUGGUUAUAAGCUUGUAUAGGACGGGCCCUAAAUCAUUACAGCAGCUGUAACAGUGAAAGCAGUCAAUCCAACAUGUUUGAGGCUAGAAAGUAGAAAAAGCUUUUAUUUUAGAAUCAGAACUCAAUUGGUUUAGUACACACACAUUUGUGCAAUCACACAUUUUAAGGACAGCAAGAUACUUUUUUUUAAAUCAACAGCCAUUCCUUACAACAUGGAAUAAAUAUCUGAUAGUUAUUAAGCUAUAUGAUCAUUUAACAUUUUAAAAUGAUACUAAUUCCAUGCUAAUGUCACUCCUGACAUUUUUUAACUAAUUCUGUCGCUUAUGUCACUCGUGAAAAGAACAAUGUGUUGUAAACUAGUUUGCCUAAAAAAAGCUGACUUUUCUUUGCAGAUUCCACAUUUCACAAUAAAAAUAAAUAUAUUUAUAAC